AUGGACACGAGUCAGUGCGCCUACUGCGAUUGCGCUUUUUGCACAGUGUUGAAUUUGUCCCGUGGAUGCAUAUGAGAGGGGAAGCUCUCCCUAUUUUUUUUUUGCAAGCGCUGCAAAAGUGUUUCAGGACUCUAGACUGUACACACAGAGGAGCCGAUACAAGAGGACGUGGGUGAGGGAAACCGGUUUUUGAGGAAAGGAGGACGAAAGUGCUAGGUGACAAACAAAAGAACGGCAUCUUCAUACAAACAGUCUGUCAAGAUUUGAUCUGUUUUUUAUUCUUUCUGGAGCGCAAGUCCCCCAGGGAUCCAGAAGCGGAGGAGGUCUUUCUUUCUUUCUCUCUCUCUCUCUCCCUCCCUCUCUCUCGCUCCCUGUCUGUUAUUAUUCCAGCAGAACAGUUGAUCUUGAGCAGCCCGGCUCCAGACGCUGCUGCGCGCUGCUCCGGACGACAGCUAAUCGACCGCGCUCGAAGAGAAAUGGGUUGUUUUUACACUGAGGGGGACGGGGCUCUGCUCUAAGUCCGGCAGAUCAUGUCAGGGGUACACGCUUCAGAUACAGGACAUUUUUUUGAUCCUGCCAUCAGCGCACCGCCAGCUCAGGGCGCGACCAACGCAGCGGGGAUCGGCGGCGACGGGGCCGCGCUGCCGCCGACCGCUUCUCGGACGUACUUGGAGGUGUCGAGCGCUGCCCAAGGCUAUGGGGCCGAAGGAGUGUACACCAAUGGACGGUACAGGGACCACAGCGGCUCGCGGAUCGGGAGUGGCAGCCGUGAUAAUUCCGCGGAGAGAAGUCAGGGAGGUGGAAACACACCUUGUGGUAUAAUGAAGGAUGGCUCCAAACAGAAGCAGGUCAGGAAGAAAACCGUGUCCUUCAGCUCUAUGCCGAAUGACCGUAAAAUCAACAGCACUGCUGCUUGCAUGGCCUUUAUGUUGGAGGGUUGUGAAAUGAAGAAGGUGCGGUCCAACUCACGCAUGUACAACCGCUACUUCCUGCUCGAUCCAGAUAUGCACUGGCUCAGAUGGGAGCCAUCGAAGAAGGAUUCAGAAAAGGCAAAACUGGAAAUCAAGAGCAUCAAGGAAGUCCGUUUGGGGAAGAAAACUCCGGUUCUGCGCAGCAACGGUCUCUCGGAUCAAUUCCCUGAUGAGUGCGCCUUCUCAAUCAUCUAUGGAGAUAACUAUGAAAGUUUAGAUUUGGUAGCCAGUACCGCAGAUAUCGUCAGCACGUGGGUCAUGGGUCUAAGAUAUUUGGUGUCUUACGGUCGCCACCCGGUGGACAUGGCAGAACCCAGUCAACCGAGCUUACGAACGUCCUGGAUUGGUUCAGUGUUUGAGCUCGCAGAUAUGGAAAAAGGAGGACACAUAGACCUAUUCAGAGCAACCCAGAUAAUCAAGGGGCUCAAUCCUGGAAUGAAAGAGUCCAGGAUAGAGCUGAAAUUCAAAGAAUUACAGAAAGCUAAAGAUCAAUAUGGGGAGGCAAUUAAUUUGGACACUUUUGUGGAGGCUUAUUGUGAGCUCUGUACACGACCUGAGAUUUUCUUUCUGCUGGUUCAGUUCUCCAGUAACAAAGAGUAUCUGGACAGUAAAGAUCUGAUGCUAUUUGUAGAGGUGGAGCAGGGAGUGGAGGGAGUAACGGAGGAAAUGUGCAGGGAUAUUGUCCAGAAAUUUGAGCCGUCUGCCAAGGGCAGAGAGAGGGGCUACCUCUCCAUCGAUGGUUUCACACACUACCUCCUGUCCUCGGAAUGCCACAUUUUCGACCCUCAGCACAAAAAAGUGUGCCAGGAUAUGACUCAGCCUCUCUCUCAUUACUACAUCAACUCUUCCCAUAAUGCCUCCCUGCUUGAUGAUCAUUUCUGGGGUUCAUCAGACAUCAGCAGCUACAUCCGAGCUCUGAGGAUGGGCUGUCGAAGUAUCGAGGUCAUAGUCUGGGACGGCCCUGAUAAUGAGCCUGUCGUAUAUGUUGGGAGUUCUGUGGCCUCUCAGCUCGCUUUCUCUAAAGUUCUGGACAUCAUAAACCAGUAUGCUUUCGAAAGUUCUGAGUAUCCUCUCAUUCUGUGCUUGGUGACCCAUUGCUGUAUCCCUCAGCAGAGGGUCAUGGUUCAACACCUGAAGAAAAUUCUUGGGGAUAAGCUGUAUGCUGAACCACCCAACAAAGAAGAAAACUACCUACCCUCACCUGAAAAACUUAAAGGCAAAAUACUCCUCAAGAGUAAAAAGUUGCCACCAAGCUGCACUGAUUCCGAGGGGGAUGUGACAGAUGAAGAGGAAGGCCUGGAAAUGUCACGCCGUGUUGGAGCCGAUGAAAAGGACCAACUGAAUGGUUUGGGCUGCAAAAGACUAAGGCUGUGCAGGGAGCUUUCUGACCUCGUAUGUCUUUGCAAGUCAGUUCAGUUCAGGGACUUUGAACUCUCUAAGAGGGAGCAAAAAUACUGGGAGAUAUGCUCCUUCAACGAGGUAGAUGCAAACAGAUUUGCCAAUGAAUUUCCGGAGGAGUUUGUCUGUUAUAACAAGCGCUUCAUCUCCAGGGUUUAUCCCACAUCGAUGAGGAUUGAUGCCAGCAAUAUGAAUCCCCAAGAUUUCUGGAAAUGCGGCUGCCAGAUCGUGGCCAUGAACUACCAGACACCAGGCUUGAUGAUGGACCUCAACCUUGGUUGGUUCAGGCAAAAUGGAAACUGCGGUUAUGUCUUGCGGCCUGCCAUUAUGAGGGAGGAGGUGUCCUACUUUAGUGCCAAUGCUCGGGACUCUCUACCAGGUGUGUCUGCACAGCUCCUCCACAUCAAAGUCAUCAGUGGGCAGAAUUUACCAAAACCUCGGGGCUCUGCUGCUAAGGGUGAUGUGGUUGAGCCUUACAUAUAUGUAGAGAUCCAUGGCAUACCAGCUGACUGUGCUGAACAAAGAACCAAGACAGUUUCCCAAAAUGGAGAUAACCCCAUUUUUGACGAGAGUUUUGAGUUCCAGAUUAACUUACCAGAACUCGCAGUUCUACGCUUUGUGGUUCUGGAUGACGACUACAUUGGAGACGAGUUCAUCGGUCAGUACACCAUCCCGUUUGAGUGCCUACAGCCAGGCUAUAGACACGUCCCUCUGCAGUCUCUCACAGGAGAGUUCCUGCCCAACACCACUCUGUUCGUUCAUGUGGCCAUCACCAACAGGCGCGGUGGAGGAAAGGCACAUAAAAGGGGUCUGUCAGUAAAGAAAGGUAGAAAGGCUCGGGAGUAUACCACCACCAAGACCACGGGGAUCAAAGUAGUGGAUGAACUCUUCAGAGCUUCUACCCAGCCCCUCAGGGAGGCAACAGACCUCAGAGAAAACGUGCAGGUAAGAAACUGCAUCACAUAA